CACCACGUUCCUGCAUCAUCGACAAGGACGAGCUGAAGGACGGACUGCGCGUGCUCAUCCCCAUGGACGACAAGCUGUUGUACGCGGGCCAUGUGCACACUGUGCACUCCCCGGACAUAUACCGUGUGGUCGUGGAGGGUGAACGAGGGAACCGACCCCACAUCUAUUGCCUGGAGCAGCUGCUACAGGAAGCGAUCAUUGACGUGCGGCCAGCCUCAACGCGCUACCUGCCACAAGGGACCAGGAUUGCCGCCUACUGGAGCCAGCAGUACCGCUGCCUGUACCCCGGCACUGUGGUCCGAG